AUGGAAACAAAUUACUGCAAACUAGAAGCUGAAGAUGAUCUUUUAGAGGAUAAUACAGAAUAUAGGCAAGCAGUAGGGGCAUUAUUAUAUAUUGCAACCAUCAGCAGACCAGAUAUAGCAUGUGCAGUCAAUCUACUGAGUCGAAGAAAUGAAAAACCUCGGAACACAGAUUGGAAUGCUGUCAAGAAAGUCAUUCGAUACUUGCAUACAACUAAAGACUUUAAGUUGGUCUUUAACAGAAUUCAAGAACCUGUACUAACUGUAUAUUCGGAUGCAGAUUGGGCAAAUGACAGAACAACAAGAAAAUCCAUUAGCGGAUACAAUAUUCAAACUAGGAAAUAA